AUGGCUGGAACUGAGUUUUCCGAGGAACCAACAAUAAGGCUGAAACUUCUUGUCGACAAGGAGAAAAACAAGGUUGUCUUGGCUGAGGUUGGUAAAGAUUUUGUUGAUGUGCUCUUCAGUUUUUUGAUACUGCCAAUAGGUACCAUUGUGAGAUUUCUGCAGAAACAUCACCAUAAUCAAAAGUCUCCAGCCGCCGCAACUAAAAUAGGUUGUUUCAACAAUCUCUACAAAAGUGUUGUUGAUAUGAGCAACGAUGAUUUCUUGACUGAGGCUUGUAAACAUAUACUUUUGUAUCCGAUGCACGUGAAAGUGAGUCAAUGCAAACGGCUUAAGCUUAACAUCGACGACACCCCAAUCUUGAAGUACUAUAGGUGCCCGGAUUUGGGAAAUUCGCAGUCAUGCUCCAAGGCUUAUAGUAAUUUCUACUCCUUAAAAUGUGUUUGUGGCAAGUUUAUGAAACAGGAGAUUAUAGCAAAUGAAGGUGUUCGUGAGGAAAUAUUUGUCAGCGACAACAAGUCUUUCAUCAUUUCCGACAAUAUGAAAGUUGGAUUCAGUUCCAUUUCUCUCGCCUUAAAAACAAUUAGAGAGCUCGGUCACACAGAUCUUGAUAAGUUGGAUGAGAUGCUUGUAGACGUUGGUCACAAAGAGGUACUAGCUUUGCUGGAAUGCUUACUCUCUUCGGAUACUCCCUUGACUGAUGCGUUCUUGAUGAAACGGAGCUCAUGUAUCAUUACAAAGACGCCUAACAUGGCAAGCUUAGCCGCCCUGCAAGAUGGAGGUAAAGAAGAAGAAUCAAAUGAACAACAACUCUCAGUCACUCUAUUUGUUAGGAAGCAAGACAAGAAAGUUCUUUAUGCCGAAAGCGGACAAGACUUUGUGGAUCUACUACUCAUUUUCUUGGCUGUCCCUUUGGAGUUAGUGUGGGGAAUAUCUGGAAACAAUAUCGAACUCGAAUGUAUUGACAACUUAUGUAAAAGCAAGAAGAGCUUGAGCUCUAGUCAAGCCACACAUCAUUCAUCGACUAUGCUUCCUUUGAACUAUAGCUUCCAAGCACCGUUGCUUGGUAUCUCUAGGAAAGUUUCCAUCCCGUGGUCAGUGACAAUAAACUAUCAAAGGUAUGAUUUGAAACUGAUGUAUCCAAAUUAUGAUGGAAGUGGAGAGUCAACGAUUCAUAGUAGCAGCGGGCUUGUAAGGAGAGGUACAACGUACAUGAUUUCAGAUGAUCUUACUAUCUCAGCUAAAAAACUCUUCUUCAAUUAUUUGCAUAUUGAAGAAGUGGAAUGUAGACUUGGAUGA